AUGGCCUCGAUCCAGGCCAUCGAGCAGACGUCGGUGCAUCAAAUUCAGUCCGGUCAAGUCAUCGUAGACCUCAACUCUGUCGUCAAAGAACUCGUUGAGAAUAGUUUGGAUGCUGGCUCCACAUCAAUCGAAGUUCGCUUUCGCAAUCAUGGCCUCGACGCUAUAGAAGUGAUCGACAACGGUACUGGUAUCGCAUCAGAGGACUUUGAGUCUGUCGCACUAAAGCAUUACACUUCCAAGCUGCGUAGCUACGAUGAUCUCGAGAGCCUGGGCACUUUCGGCUUUCGAGGCGAAGCACUUGCCUCACUCUGUGCCCUCUCUCAACUCUAUAUCAUCACGGCUCGAGAAUCGGACUCACCGAGAGGUACGCGCCUGGAGUUCGAAGUGUCGGGCAAACUCAAAAGCACAAGCACGAUCGCUGCACAACGAGGUACUAAGGUCAUCGUCGAGAAGAUCUUCCACAACCUACCUGUGCGAAAGAAAGAGCUGGAGAAGAACAUCAAGCGCGAGUAUGGUAAGGUACUCACGCUUUUACAAGCAUAUGCUUGUAUCAGUACUGGUGUGAGGUUCUCCGUCAGCAACCAGAUGCCAAAAGGAGUAAAGACCCCGUCUUUCUCCACAAAUGGCAGUGCAGCAACCAAGGAUAACAUCAUCAAGGUCUUUGGCUCCAAAAGCUUGCGAGACCUGGUAUCACUCAAUCUUCAGCUCGAGAUGCAGACUACCACAUACGCAGUCUCGACACAGAGUGACAUCUCGUCUCACAUAGUCAAAGUGGAAGGACACAUAUCCCGACCAGUGCCGGGAGAAGGCCGUUCGGCCCCAGACCGGCAAAUGUUCUACGUCAACUCACGUCCCUGCGGUCUUCCGCAGGUCGCAAAGGCUUUCAACGAGGUGUACAGAAUCUUCAAUAUAUCUCAAUCGCCUUUCGUCUUUGCAAACCUAGUCAUGGACACGAACUCCUACGACGUCAAUGUCUCCCCAGAUAAGCGGACUAUUCUCCUGCAUGACCAGGGCAUCUUGCUAGAGUCUCUGAAAGAGUCCUUGGUGAACUUGCUUGAAUCUGAAGAACAAUCCGUACCGCAGAUAAGGCCAGCUCUAGCACAGCCGAAACUGCCCGCAUACAAACCUCUCGCAGUCGUACGUCAAUCGGAGCCCAAGACUGAGAUCACCACCAGCGCAGAGUCCCGCGAAUCUCAAGACGGCUCAAAGGAACAAGACGAAGAAUCGGUUCUCGAAGACGGUGUCACUCAGAAGAGCCCGCCCGAGCGCCUGAUACACAACUGGGUCGGUCGAGGCGCCCAAGAUCGAGACGACGUUCACAAAGUGCAGGAAAAACCGCCAGUACAAAACGCCUUCGACCGCAUGCGUCCGCAACGCACUCCUCAACAAGUGGCUGAAAUUACCAUUGGAGACAAGACUACGCGGACCGUUAUUGGUAGUGGAACUUUCACUCCUUAUACCCCAAAGAAGCACAAAAUCCACAUUCCAAAGAGCUCUGUAGCCAAAAAGUUGAGCCAGUUUGCCAUGCCUGGCACUCAGGUGGACAGUGGUGACGAUUAUUCCGAGGAAAUUGAGGCUGGUGACCAACAGGGGCAAGUCGGCUCUGUAGACAGUGAUGAAGAAACACUGUUCGUGCCCCAAAGAAAUGACGGCCAGGUGAUUCUUGCAAGGGAGGAGACAUUCCCUCUGACAUCUCAAACCUUGAGAAACUCACAAACGAGUCCCAUUGAUGAAUUCACACGCAGCACAAGGAAUGUCGACGAGAGUUUCCAAGACACUGGUGUACCGAGCUUUUGUGCAGAUUCAGAGUACUUGGACGAGGAUGAGACACGGAUUCGAGAGGACGCUAAGAUUGCUCGAAUGAUCCAGAAGGCAGAGGAUGAAGCUGUCCAUUCAUCACCGGACAACGUCAAACGCGCUGUCCACACUCUGCGAGCAUCGAAACACGUCACCUUGAAUCUAAGCCAAGCGAACAAUACCUCAACCGCUUCAAUUGCGGAACAAGCUAGAGUUUUGUCAAUCACCUUGGCGGCAUCGCAAGAAGCUUCCCAACCGGACAAGACAGUUGCAAAUGACAUUGAGAGACCUGACGCAGAAGCACGUCUUUCUCUGACUGUAACAAAAUCUGACUUUGCUCAGAUGAGCAUCAUUGGGCAAUUCAACCUUGGAUUCGUUCUUGCAGUACGACCUCCAAGCGAAACGGUCUUGUCCUCCGACCUGUUCAUCAUCGAUCAGCAUGCGGCUGACGAGAAGUACAACUUCGAACGUUUCACUGAAACACUGAUCCUAGAACCUCAGCCUCUAGCGCAACCAAAGCAAUUAGAGCUUACGGCGAUUGAAGAGGAGAUCAUCUUUGAGCACACCCAGUCACUUACUGCCAAUGGUUUUGUCAUCGAAAUCGAUACCUCCGGUGCAAGUGAUGUUGGUCUGCGUUGCAAGCUUCUUGCCCUGCCGAUGAGCAAAAGUGUCACGUUUGAUCUCAGCGAUCUAGAAGAGCUCCUCCACCUACUCUCUGAUCAUUCGGGUGGUGAAAUUCCCCGUCCGAGCAAAGUGAGAAAAAUGCUGGCGAUGAGAGCUUGUCGCUCUAGCAUAAUGGUUGGCAAGACUCUGACAAAGAACCAAAUGCUCAAAGUUGUCAGGAAUCUGGGCGAAAUGGACAAACCAUGGAACUGCCCUCAUGGUAGGCCAACCAUGAGGCAUCUGGCUGACUUGAGUGCAUGGACGCCUGGUGAUGAAGAUACGCCGAAGACUGACUGGAAAGACUGGUUGAAGAAGGCGAGGGCGAAGGCGGACGAGUCAAGCAGUGACAUGGAUGUCGAAGAAGAGGAUGAGUGA